GUCAGGAAACAGUCAGAGGUCACCAGGCUGGGUGCGGCUGCGUCCCCACCCCCCACGCACGCACAAACGCCGGGUCGCCCGUACCCUAUGCCCCGCAGCGUUCGAUCUCAGGACCCGGACACCCUGGGCCACGGUGCCCUUGUCGGCGCGCGGCUCUGUGUCAGCGCCCGCCUCUCGCUUCCCGCCUCCUGCCUCGGUGGCCGCGCAGGGUGGGAGUCGAGAGCAUCCCCAAGCGCCCAAGCCAUGGUGGCCAAACAGCGGAUCCGGAUGGCUAACGAGAAGCACAGCAAAAACAUCACCCAGAGGGGAAACGUAGCCAAAACCCUGAGGCCACAAGAAGAGAAAUAUCCUGUUGGGCCAUGGCUGCUGGCCCUGUUUGUUUUUGUUGUCUGUGGCUCAGCUAUCUUCCAGAUCAUACAGAGCAUAAGGAUGGGCAUGUGAGAGGGCCAGGAAGUUGUAUGCGGAUGCCCUCCUGCUGGCAGGUGAAGGACCACUGAGGCCUUCAGCCGGUCUUAUAGGAAGCAAACAAGCCAUGGGUGAUAGAAAGGAGGCCCCCUGUUCCCUCCCACUCCAUGGUGGAGGUCAGACCAAAUUGCCUUCUCACAAGACAUCUCCGUGCAUCUGUGUCCUCCAGCAGAAAGGACUCUGCUCUUCUGUUGGCUGAUUGGAAGUCACGUGGAGGGGGGGUGGGGUGGCGGCAGCGCUAGCUGGCUGGCUGGUUCCCCGGGUUUCACUGUGGUGUGCAUGUGGCCCUCUGAGCGACCACCCCUUUACAUCCUGCCAAUCAAUCUCUUCUGUGUCAGGAAUUGGUUUUACAAAUAAAUGUCUUCAUUCAACCUUAA